AGGAGUGCUUCAGCAACAUAAAUGGGAAAAUGCGAUGACAAUUGAUAAGGUUUCGUGGGGCUUCAGAAGGAAUGCUGUGCUGUCAGACUAUUUUACCAUUCUGGAACUACUUUCUGAACUAGUUUCCACCGUCAGCUGUGGAGGCAAUCUCCUCAUGAACAUUGGUCCGACAAAGGAGGGAACCAUAGCGCCUAUAUUCCAAGAGCGUCUUCUACAAAUGGGUCAAUGGCUAUCAGUUAACGGAGAGUCUAUCUAUGGAACCACACCUCAUAAAAUUCAAAAUGACACCACUUCUGAUGGUGUGUGGUACACCAGAAAGGACGGCGCAGUGUACGCCAUAGCUUUAUUCUGGCCGAAAGAUAAUACUUUGGUUCUAGGUGGCAUUAUGGAUAUUUUCAAAAUCGUUGAACCUGAAAUAACUUUGUUGGGAAAUGAAGAAGACGGGCCGUUGAAGUGGACUCUGGACCGAAACCAUGUGAUGAUUAGAUUUCCGGAUAAAUCCAUUGUGAAAAGCGAAUGGGCCUAUGUUUUAAAAAUAACACCAGUAUCUGCUAAUGACAUUUUUUGAAGUAUUUGUUAGAAGCUACCCGGACAUUUGAUGAAAUCAUCAAUGAGGAUUUACUGGUUAGCAAAUCUCAUCUUGCACUUCACUGGCUUGGGUUGAUUUUAUCAUUAUUAUAUAAAUCUCAAACCGACAAAAUUUUCUUUUUCCAACAUAACCAAUAAAUUUGGUCAUUUAACAUCA